CUUAAAAAUUUGGAACUCGACUUUUCCUACACCGAUCUUUUACUUCCGAUCUAAGGAAACGUGAACACGUUUCAUUGUCAUCUCACACAAAAGACAAUUUGUAUUAAAUUAAAAUGGGUUUUGGUGAUCUCAAAUCUCAGUCAGGACUCCAAACUUUGAACGAGUUUCUUGGGGACCGAAGUUAUAUCGAAGGCUUUGUUCCCUCACAAGCAGACGUUGCUGUAUAUGAAGCUGUAGGAAAAGCCCCAGCUGCCAAUUUGUCACAUGCCCUUAGAUGGUACAACCAUAUCACAUCCUAUCAAAGCCAGAAAGACAGUUUACCAGGUGUGAAAAAAUCUUUGGAUUCAUAUGGACCCGCAGGAACUGCUGCCCCAGCCAAGCCUGCUCCUGUUGCUGAUGAUGACGACGAUGAUGAUGAGGAUCUGUUUGGUUCAGAUGAUGAAGAGACAAAAGCUUUGAAAGCUAAACGUCUGGCUGAUUAUGAAGCUAAGAAGGCUAAAAAGCCAGCUUUGAUUGCCAAGAGUAACAUCAUUUUGGAUGUUAAACCUUGGGAUGACACAACAGACAUGGAUGCCAUUGAAAAACAUGUUCGCUCCAUUGAAGCUGAUGGUUUAUUGUGGGGUGCCUCUAAAUUUGUACCUGUUGGAUAUGGUAUUAGGAAAUUACAGAUUAGCUGUGUUGUUGAAGAUGACAAGGUCAGUGUUGACUUUUUAGAAGAAGAGAUCACCAAAAAUGAAGAUCUGGUUCAAUCUGUGGACAUAGCAGCAUUUAACAAAGUUUAGUCAAGUUCAUGUCGUCUGGUAUUGAAAUAAAUGGUUUUACUUAUCAA